UAUGGUUGGUCCGCCAUAAUCAUUCGUGUGGGUCUGUGGUUGUGUGGUUUGGGUGUCUUACCGGUGCCAAGCAUUAUUUUUAAUUAGUAAUAAGUUAUGCGUAUGAAUCCAGACAUGGACGAUGACGAGAAGGGAAAACUGUUUGUCGGUGGUCUGUCAUGGGAGACUUCACAGGAGAACUUGCAGCGCUACUUUUCGCGCUACGGCGACGUGAUCGAUUGCGUUGUGAUGAAGAAUAGCGAGUCUGGCCGCUCAAGGGGUUUUGGAUUCGUCACAUUCGCUGAGCCCAGCCUUGUUAAUGUAGUGCUCCAGAAUGGACCACAUCAGCUUGAUGGCAGAACCAUCGACCCGAAGCCGUGCAAUCCCCGCACGCUGCAGAAGCCAAAGCGCGGCGGUGGCUACCCCAAGGUGUUCCUCGGUGGUCUGCCCUCCAACAUCACCGAAACCGAUCUGCGCAUGUUCUUUGGCCGCUACGGCAAGGUCAUGGAGGUCGUCAUUAUGUACGACCAAGAGAAGAAGAAGUCGAGAGGUUUCGGCUUCCUGUCGUUCGAGGACGAGGUGUCAGUGGAGAGAGUGACUCAGGAGCACUUCAUCAACCUUAACGGCAAACAGGUGGAGAUCAAGCGCGCGGAGCCCCGCGACGGGUCCGGCAAGCUGGGCUCAGGGUCCGGUGGUAUGGGAGGCGGCGCGAUGGGCGGAGCGCCCGGUGACGCGCCCGCAGCCGGACAGUGGGGCCCGCCGCAAGCCGCACCCAUCAACAUGAUCCAGGGUCACAACGGACAGAUGGGAGGCCCACCCAUCAAUAUGCCUAUGGCUGGACCCAACAUCAUGCAAGGGUACCAAGGUUGGGGCACGUCCCCGGGGCAGACGUCGUACGCGGGAUACGGCGCGGCGGGCGGCGGCGCCGGACCCGGCAACUACCAGGGCUGGGGCGCCCCGCCCGCACCGCAGGCGCCCCCGCACGCGCCCGCCUGGCCCGCCACCAACAACUACACGCAGCACGCGCAGCCACCGGCGCAGGGAUACGGCAGCUACGCGAACUACAGUUCAGCGCCGGCGGGCGCGUCGGCCGGCGGCUCGUGGACCACCUGGAACAUGCCGCAGAACUCCAACUCAACCGGCUCCGGGUCGUAUGUGCCGCUGUCGGAGAGCGGGGAGAUGUACGGACGUGGCGCUGGCGGCGGCGGCGGCGGCGCUGCGCCCGCACUCACCGGGGCGCUUUCCUCCGCCGCGCUCAACAAGUCCUCCUCCGAGUACUCCACGUACCAGCAGUACCCGCCCGCGUACCAGCAGGACCAGGGGUCAUCAUACGGCGGUUCGCGGACGUACGGCGGCGAGUACCACGGCGCGGCGGGCGGCGCGCAGCCGCCAGAGGGUGAUGGUGUAGGAAGCAACGCUGGCAGCCCCAAGUACGCACAGAUACCGCAGAUGAAUGAAGCCAUCUCUGCACCCCCACAGCAAGUACCAUUAAUGUACUGCGGCAUGGUGUCGCCGCAACCGUCGUUCUGUAACGUGUCCGACAUGUCAGCCUCGGCGUCAGGUGACGACUAUGAAUAUACCGGCGGCUCCGGAGACGGGUACCAGAGGUCAUCGAAGCGCAGCUACCACGGCUCGUCAUCAGGGGGCACAGCAUCCACGCCCUCUUACCACCCUUAUCGGCGCUAACCAUUGGUGACAGCUCACCAUCCCCAUACCUCUAUGGUAUUUUUGAUUAAAACGGUUUCGGUUCUCUCCUGUUAUCCUGUCAUUGUACAAUGUUAUUUUCCAUCUGUACUUAUGUCAAAGGAAAUGUCUUGACAGGCACAAUUUGUAAAGAACCGACAUAUCAAUAUUUGUAUUAUAGUUUUUGUAUUCGCUUAAUCAUUGAGUUUGUAAAUGAUUUUUACUGGGCGCGAGUUUUGUAAAGACGUUUAUUAUUGGUGUUUUUUUUUGGAAGUUUUAUAAUUUGCACGUGAUGAUACGAGGAAUUCAAAAGAUGUUUAGAAGACAAUUAUCUCAAAUGUUAUAAGACCGUGCCCAGAUAUAAGUUAGUAUAAUAGAUUUUUUCUUUUAGAUGAUUUUCUUUCUGUUUGGAUGAUUGACGGUUUCAAUGGCUUUGGAAACUGAAAUUAAUAGUUGUAUCAAACUUAUUCAAGAUACAGUUUUGUACAUUUAUUUUUAUAUCUGUCCUCAUUUAACAGAUAGUUCCUUGGCUAGUUUGGUUAAACCACAUGACAUAGAGUGUAAGACUUUUAGCGAUACUAUUUAAAAAAAAAAUUAUACACGUGUAUUUUAUUCCAUACGUUAGUACAAUGUUUUUCUACUGCAGUCUAUGACGACCAUCCCAACUACUAUUUAAUAGUUUUUAUAUUUCGUAUUACACUUAAACAAUAGAUCUCGUACUUAUGCGUUCUAGUUUUUCCCUUUACUGCACACUAUAAUGAAUUCAAUUUCAACUAUUUGAC